GAGGAUCUGCUAGCCCGUCAAGAGUCGGGCGUAAAGCUGGGCCUCGGCGACUUCAUCUUCUACAGCCUCCUAGUUGGCAGGGCGGCCGUUGACGGUGACGUGCUCACGGUGGUGGCCUGCUAUGUGGCCAUCCUGGUAGGCAUGUGUAUCACCAUUGUCGCGCUCAGUCUGGUGGGAAAGGCCCUGCCCGCGCUGCCUGUCUCCAUCGCCUGUGGCAUCCUCUUCUACUUCACCACAGCCCUCGUGAUCUCGCCUUUCAUUGCGGCCACCUCGGAACACCGGCUGUUCUUUUGA